AUGGGCGCCGCCCGCGACGCGGAGCAGCAGCCGGGGCAGCCGGGCGAGGAGGGCCCGGGCGGCGCCGAGGAGCAGCUGGUCAGCACGAGCCCCUGGAACAUCAUGAUCAAGCACCGGCAGGUGCAGCGGCGCGGCCGGCGCUCCCAGAUGACCACCAGCUUCACGGACCCGACCGUGUCCAUGGACCUGCUGCGAGCUGUCCUGCAGCCCAGCAUCAACGAGGAAAUCCGGGGCGUCUUCAACAAGUACAUGAAGUUUUUCCAGAAGGCAGCAAUCAACGUGCGCGAUAACGUUGGGGAGGAGGUAGACCCGGAGCAGCUCAUCCAGGAGACGUGUCGGAGCUGCCUGGAGCAGGCCAAACUGCUGUUCUCUGAUGGCAAAAAGGUUGUUCCCAGGUUGCCUCAUGAGCCGGCAGUACCAAAGCGUGCCCGACAGAUGGAUGAGGAGCUGAGUCGUCGAGGGAGCCCCGUUCCCAAAAAGAGGAAGGGGCGGCCUCCAGGACAGAGCCUGUCGAACGAUCGUGGGGCCUCAGGCAUGGCUGCGUGGAAGCUCAAAGUCUCUGAGCCUGUGAGAAGGGAUGGACCAAAGUGGGAUCCAUCCCGACUGACUGAAACCACAACCUUUGUGCUGGGAUCUCGAGCAAACAAAGCUCUCGGGAUGGGAGGAACAAGAGGGCGACUCUACAUCAAGCAUCCCCACCUCUUUAAGUACGCAGCCGACCCGCAAGAUAAGCACUGGCUGGCAGAGCAGCAGCACAUGAGGGCCACUGGGGGCAAGAUGGCCUAUCUCCUCAUCGAAGAGGACAUUCGGGAUUUGGCUGCCAGUGACGAUUACAGGGACUCCGUCGACCUGCGGCUGGAGGAGCUGAAGCCCUUCGUCCCGCCGGCGUGGAUGACGGAGAAGAUGCAGAAGCACAUGGAGACGCUUCGCCGCGGGGGGGACGUGCCGCCCCCCGAGGGCCCUCCCGAGCCCUGAG